AUGACACGACCGGACAGAAGAGAGACAAUCCAGGCUAGGCGGCACCGACUUUCGGUGACUCCUCGUGCAUGCGAAGGAUGUAAGAUACGGAAGAUCCGCUGUGAUCGCACCGAUCCCUGUUCAAACUGUCAAUCCUCUGGUAUCACGUGCGAGAAGGCCAGCUCUCAUACCAGGUCGGAAACUCGUCCCAGACCGGCGCGAGAUCUGUACGCCUGCCUCGCAUCACUGGAGGAACAGAUUAAAGCUCUCGAAGAACGGCUCAGCUCACUCGAACACCAGCUGAGUACGCAGGGUGGUAUAUCAGAGCAUCGGAGACAUGCAGCGGUGCAGGAUGAAGUUCGCGCCGGGAGUGAGAAAGUUGUACCGCAACUAACGGGCCCUGCUCCUCUAUUCGAGGGUAUCUCCUCAUUCACCACUCAAUCUAUUAUAGCAAGCGAUGUGGCUCAGAACACAGCCAACUCGGAAGGCGCCGGAGAACGUUCAGACUUUAAGUCAUCCUUGAACCACCUAAGACUAUUGCUCCCGACACCCGCCCUAUCGGCAUCGCCAGAGGAGUAUCGAAUGUCUCGAGCUCCUGCGGCACAGUCUGUACCUUCGGUGGACCAUUUGCUCCCGCUUGAUCUGGUCAUAGCUCUUUUGCAAGAGAUAAAGACUAAUCGCCCCAUCUUUCUUUGCUCUUAUGCAAUAAACAACCAUGUCUUGGUUGAGCGACUCUGCCAGAGGGUCUAUUUCCCGACAGAACCGAUUUCAACGGGCCACCUGGCUAGCAUGUACGGAAUUCUCCUUCCUAUCCUGAAGGAAUUUACAAUCCUUCAAAAUCCUUUGUGUCAGAGAUUUGAUCUUAAAGCGUACGCUACCAGAUGCGGGCAGGACUUCAAUAACCUGGUAGAAUCAUACGAUGUUAUGGCAGUUCCUAGCUUGGAAAAUAUAUUCGCGCUAACUAUGGGCUUCAUACAAGCACAAGACGCAACCAAACCCUUGCUAUGCUGCACUUUCAUAUCUGCAGCUGCCAGUCAUUGCCAGAUGCUUGGAUACCAUCGCGAGGUAGUAUAUCGUAAUGAUCAAACUGGGAACUCAGAAAACAUGCGGCGACUAUUUUGGACUACAUACGUCUUUGAAAAACAUAUGUCCCUGUCCUUUGGACGGGCGUCGAAUAUGCAGGACUUUGAUAUCGACGCACAGUACCCGGCUAUUUCCAAUGACCUUGCCAUUCGACCGUGGGAUGAGUCGUUUGUCAUGGGCAUUCGACUAGCCAAGAUCCAGGGCGAGAUAUAUGACAGCCUCUACUCCGCGAAAGCUUCCCAGGCAUCUCAUCCUGAGCGCAUGAAACGAGUACACCAACUAGCAGCUGACAUUCAGCAGUGGUACGUCGAGUUUAAAGAGAUUGAUGCUAGUAAAGUAAACAAUCACCGCAUAUACAAAUUCACCAGAGAGAGCUGGGACAUAAUGUAUUACUCGACAUUCACGUCUCUUUUGCGUGCACCGAUUACAUCUGGCGCUGCAUGUGCAGAGAUUAGCUCACAGUGCUUUCAAGUUGCGCGCCUCAGUUUACAGAGUCACUUACGCUGUUUUGGAAGCUUUCGGAGCUCCGACUGUCACUCAAAUGCCGAUUACGCUAAUUGGGUUCUACUCUUUUCCUCAUUUACCCCAUUCAUCGUUAUAUUUCUGCACGCUAUCGCAGCAACCAGCUCGGAAGAUAUCCAACUUCUUGAAGAGGUAGUAGGAAGCCUAGAGCACAUUCGACGUGUAUCACCUAGCUCAGAACGCCUCUAUCAGGUCUGUUCCACCUUCCUGCAAAUCGCAAGAGUACUGGUUGAAACAAGACAUUCAUGUGUUGGGACAUACAAUCAGCUAGAAGACAGCCUACAGUUCGCGGCCGAUACAGGCCCGGCAUCGAUUUUCGAAGAUGACUCAUUGCAGGAUCUGUUCGGAAUGGAAACCUCAGAUCACAUACCUGCUGGGGGUAGUGCUGGGGGUAUCUAA